CAAGCAAAGAAGAUCGAGUAAAUAGAAGAAGAAGAAGAAGAAGUGGCGUCCGCCGAGGUUGAGUCUCGCGCGCCGAUGCUCGUCUCAAAUUGGCUUCCGGUUGCUGACGACAAGCAAAGCAAGGAGACUUUAGCGCGGAAAAGGAAGAAGUUGUUCGGCCAGGAGGUGCAGGUCAAAGCGCGCGGCGUGGCAGUGACCAUGGUGGGCGAACGCCGCAACGGGAACCUGCUGGUCCAGAUUGGCCCGCGGUUGCAGGCGUAUCCCGAGGAGCUGAUCCGCCAGCGCCGCACCCACGACGGCCAGAUUGAGUACCUGAUUCGCUGGUGCCUCGCCGCCGUCGACGACGGGUCCGUAUCCGGGGGGACCAACUGUGCCGGCUCCGGUGGCGGCGUUAGCCCCGGGGCGGGCGGUUCCGGCGGCUCCACGUCCGGGGACGUGAAAUCGGAGAACGUCCUGAUGUGGAUGUCCAUGGAGGACGUGUACGCCAACUGCCCCUCGCUGCUGGGGAAGAGAAAAGCCGACUCGCAGCGGCCUCUGCAGCCGCAGGAGACGCAGGGCGAGGAAGAGGCGUGCGCGGCCGAAGGGACGUUUGAUGAGACCGAGCUGCUGGACAUGAAGGACGACGUGAAGAACCUGGUGCGUCGUGCCAGGAAGCAGAUGGCCAAAAAGAGCGAGCUGUCCAUCAGCAUCACGCACACCAUCCACGUGCUGAGCGCUUACGCCAGCAUCGGCUCGCUGGUGGGCGUCUUCAAGGAGACGGGCGCCCUCAACCUGCUGAUGGAGCUGCUGUGCAACAAGGAGACGCAGACCAGGCGCAGCGCCGGCAAGAUGCUGCGAGCGCUGGCUUCCCACGACGCAGGCAGCCGAGCCUACGUGCUGCUGUCGCUCAGCCAGCAGGACGGCAUCGAGCAGCACAUGGACUUCGAUAACCGCUACACGCUGCUCGAGCUGUUUGCUGAAACCACGUCUUCUGAGGAGCACGGCAUCUCCUUUGAGAGCAUCCACCUGCCACAGAUUCCAGGGAAGCUGCUCUUCUCUCUGGUCAAGCGUUACCUGUGCGUCACCUCGCUGAUGGACAAGCUCAACACGGUGGGUGUGGACUCCAGCUCUGACAGACAGGAAGCCAGCUGCUCCCCCGCGUCUUCCUCGUCCACCUCCACCUGUAGCCACCAGACUGAGCGGCUCCGUGUCCAGUGUGAGUUUGAGUUCACCAUGGCCAUGGCCAACUUGAUCUCCGAGCUGGUGCGCGUCAUGGGUUGGGACCGCAAGUUGUCCCAUGGCUCAGCCCCGCUCUACAGAGGAGACGGCACUUGGGCAAAGGGGGUGGAUGCCUCUCUGCCCAUUUGGAGAUCCAUCUUCCAGCCUCGCUUCAGCAGCUUGCCCGUUGUGAUCGGCGCCGCCCAGGACGCCAGCCCGCAUGGCGGCGCCGCCUCAAAGAAGAAGGGCGGAAAUGGCUACAAAACACGUUCCGAUUUCGCCAGUCGCUCAGCCUACGUGGAGUACGUCCAGGACAACUUGAAGAGUGGCAUGGCGCUCCGCAUGCUGGAGGACUACGAGGAAGUGAGCGCAGGAGACCAAGGAGAGUUCCGCUACAGCAACGACGGCUCGCCGCCCGUUCAGGUGUACUGGAACGCUCUACGCAGGACUUACUGGGUCCACUGGCACAUGGUGGAGAUUUUGGGAAGCGGUAGCAGUGGCCCGGCCGACAAGGAGACCAUGGAGAAGGCAUCUUCCCUGACGGAAACCAUCAGACUUACCUCAGCCAGCCAGACCAUCUUCUCCAAACCCCCUGGCGGCCUGUACUCUCUGCCCUACUUGGCCGACAAUCCGCAGACGGAGCCCGCAGCUCUGAGCCGUGCCGAGUGGUGGGAGGUCCUCUUCUUCAUCAAGAAGCUGGAAGCCAAGGAGCAACAUGAAGUCAACCACCUCCUCUUGCUCAGCCUCGGUGACCAGGAGGCGGAGCUGGACGACGCUGCGCUGAUUAGUCUGCUCGUCCCUGGAGACGUGGCCAAGAAGGUCCUACACUACCUAAAGCAACACCUGCCGUCUUCCUGCCUCGGCGAGCUGCUCUGCUCUCACGUCUUCUGCAAACACUACCUUCGACCAGGAGGAGGAUGUUUGGAGGACGAAGAGCUGCCGGAAGGAGGAGCAGCAGGCGUGUGCGCCUCCUCUGUGAUGGUCUCCAAGAGAGCCAAGAAGGAACUUCCUGCUGAGUCAGCAUGCAGCAGCUCCGACACAGAGAGCGAGUUUCCUCAGGAGGAUUCCAGCAAAUAUCCUGAUGGUCUGGAGGAGAAGAUGAAGGUCUUUAACUGUCCUCGUGUCAUGGGCAAGAAGACGUUGCUGGAGAAGUUGGGGGAGGUGGUGGACAUGCUCAGGAAAGGAGGUUACAGAUGGGACAUUGUCCAGAACUUGGCUGGCGUCAUCUUCAUCACCAGGUUGCUCGAGGACAAGGUGACACAGGAGAAGAACUCUAUGAGGAGCGACUGUGUCCAGGGCGUAAGGGACAAAGUGCUGAAGCUGCUGGUGGAGCUUCUGGGCUCAUCCUGCAGAAACGUGGUGACGUGCACUUUGAGGCUCACACACGUGCUCAUGCUGAGAUACGAGUGGAGAGUUCCCUUCGCCACAGAGGGCGGAGUCAAAGCUAUACUGACGUGCAUGCAGGAGCUCUCCAACAUGUCGCAUGUGCAAAUGCUGGCAUUGGCGACUCUGAAGGUCAUCACCGGCGCCAGUAAACACGACCUGUGCGGCCUCAGCAGCGUUCUUGCCCUCUCGGAGUCCGGCACUCAAAUGAUGCUGGAGAUCUUUGCCAGCAUCGGCUCGGCCACGCCAGAAGGCUCCAAGGGUCUGUUGGCGUCCAUCCCCGCCGCAGUGGACCUGAUGCUGAAGACCAAAGGCUGUACGCCGGCAGUGCGCAACGGCCUCCUCGUCAUCGUCAUGCUCGUCUCCAACCACAAGAGUCUGGCUGAGCAGUUGGUGUCCUGCGACGUCACCGCUGUCCUGAAGAAGUGCCUGAUGCUGUCCCAGAACGAGACCAUGCUGGCCAUCAUAGCGCUCAACCACAUCUUCAUGGUGCACAAGCUGGAGAGCAAAGAUCGUCCCGAGCAGUUGGACCUGAAGGAUACACAGCUCCAGAUGUUGCUGCUGAGUCUGAGGGAGAUGACGGCCACUAAAGAAGUCAUCCUCACCCUGGAACAGCUGCUCUGUGACCCUUCUUCACAGCUGGACGACCAGCGUGUCCAGGUGUCACAGAAUCGAGACACUUUUCAGGACUUGGUCCGUCUGAUGGAGCAUCUCCGAGCGGACCGGGCCGUCCAGCUGUCCAUCCUCCGCAUCCUGAAUAAGUUUUUGGACAGCUACCAGGAGGAUGCGCUGCCCUGGCACGAGAGCAUCGAGCCCUGCCUGGCGUCCAUGACGGCCUUUUUCAGCGACAAAGAGGUGAUGCAGCAGUUCAUCCGCUUCUUGUACCGCCUGGCGUCUCUAAACAAAGACUACGCCGUGGUCAUGUGCCGCCUGGGAACCAAGGAGGCGCUGCUAAAGACGCUGGACAAACACGGCGCCAACCUCCCGCUGGUCGCUGAGCUGCGAGACCUCGUCACCGACUGUGAGAAGUACGCCAGCCUCUACAAGAAGAUGACCACCAGCGUCCUCGCCGGCUGCAUCCAGAUGGUAUUGGGCCAGAUUGAGGAGCAUCGCCGCAGCCAUCUGCCAAUCAACAUUCCUUUCUUUGACGUCUUCCUCAGGAAUCUUUGCCAAGGUUCCAGUGUGGAGCUGAAGGAGGAGAAGUGUUGGGAGAAGGUGGAGGUGUCGUCCAAUCACCAUCGAGCUAACAAGCUGACCGACAAGAACAGUAAAACGUACUGGGAGUCCAAUGGACCCACCGGCUCGCACUUCAUCAACAUCUUCAUGCACAGAGGCGUCAUCAUCCGGCAGUUGGCCAUCCAGGUGGCAAGCGAGGACUCUAGCUACAUGCCGGCCCGGAUCCUGGUUCUGGGCGGAGAUGACCCGGCCAACAUCAGCACUGAACUCAACACAGUUAAUGUGACCACGUCAGCCAGUCGGGUGGUUCUUCUAGAGAACAUGACCAAAUUCUGGUCCAUCAUACAGAUCCGCGUCAAGAGAUGCCAGCAGGGUGGCAUCGACACAAGGGUUCACGGUUUUGAGGUUUUGGGGCCGAAACCAACGUUCUGGCCCGUGUUCAAAGAGCAGCUAUGCUGUCGGACCUUCUUGUUCUACAGCACCAAGGCGCACACGUGGUGUCAGGAAGUGAUGGACGAGCAGACUCAGCUGCUGCAGCUCUUCAAUAAGCUCAACAGCGCCCUCAAACAUGAGCAGAUGUUUGCAGACCGUUUCCUGCCAGACGCUGAAGCUGCUGAAGCUCUGGGUCGAACCUGCUGGGAGGCGCUGGUCACACCUAUCGUGCACACAAUCACCUUUUCAGAAUCCUCUGGCACCAGUCCGCUGUUGUGGCUGCUCAGCGAGUACCUGGACAACUCCGACUUCGCCCACCGCUGCAAAGGCAGGGCAGCCAUCUUCAACUCCCGUGUGAGACGCCUGACGCACCUGUUGGUUCACGUGGACACAAGCCGGCCCGACGGCGAGCAGCUAAAACCUCCCGUCAAGUCAAAUGGCAAAGAGGCCAAAAACAAAGAUCCCGCAACGGCGUCCACUUCUGCUUCUUCAGUGAAGCCAAAAGAGAAGAGCAGCAGCAUUGCAGACAUCGCCCUCUGUUGGCAGGAGGUGGUGCAGCAGCAGGUGAAGACGUUCCUGGAGUCCAGCUGCGAUCUUCCUGACUUUGUGGAACGUUAUCGAACUCUGUACCUGCGGCUGAAGAGCGCCAUGGAGGAACUGUUUGGCCAGCAGACCGCCUUUGUCCUGGCCCUGCGACACGGCUUCUCUGCUGCCUUACUGCAGCUCUCCAUCCUCAGAGCCAUGCACGUGAGCGAGAGGUUCGCUCAGUACGUGGACCAGUUGCUGCAGAGUGGCAGCUCUCUUUUUGGCAGCGUGGAGACUCUGGAGAAGCUGCAGCAGUUCUUGGAGCCCAUGCUCUUCCUCUCUGGCCUGGAGCUCGCCAACACCUUUGAGCAUUUCUUCAGGUACUACAUGGCCGACCGGCUCUUGGCGCAGACCAACGUGUGGCUGGAACGUUCCGUGGUGGAGCAGCUGGGCUCCUGCUUUCCGAAUCGCUUCCCCCAGCAAAUGUUGAAGAACCUGAGCGAGUCCACCGACCUGCAGCAGGAGUUCCACCUGUACCGCUUGCAGCAGCUGGACCGCACGCUGCACAACCAGCAGAUGGAGGAAGAGGACGAGGAGGAGGAAGUGGACGGCUUUGUGGAGCCAGAGGAUGAAGCAGAUGUCAAGGUCCUGAUUCUGUCUCCACGCUGCUGGACCAUCUCCUCUCUCUGCUUCAUGGAUGAGCCUUCAGAACAUUUCCCAUCUGAGCUGUGUGCCUACCUGACCCGCUUCACUCACUUCUACACACACAGUCAGUCCAUGUACAGCGUGCGUCACUCCAAGCCCCGUCGACUCCAGUGGACGUGGCUCGGUCACGCUGAGCUCCGAUUUGGCUGCUGCACGCUCCACGUGUCCACGCUGCAGAUGUUCAUCUUGCUGCACUUUAACACACAACAGGAGGUGGGUGUGGCCUCUGUGCUGAAGGCAUGCGGCCUUUCCAAAGACUUCGUGCUUCACGCUCUGCAGCCUCUUAUUGAUGAAGGAGGACCACUCAGUUGCAGCCAUGCUGAGGACCCCUGCCAAGGCGUGUUGCAAUUGAAGCAACAGGUGGCAUCUGACAUCCAGGGGGGCGUGGCCAAACGUGUCCAGCUGCAGCCCAAGCAGACGUACCUGAACGUGGACGAAGACGCGGCCGCCACUUUGGAGAGGAAGAGGAACGUCAUCUACUGCGUGAUCGUCAACAUCCUCAAGCAGGAGAAGGAGAUGCACAUCGACAACCUGGUCUUCAAGGUUCUGGACUCCUGUCAGAAACGGGAAGCGGUCCAGCCUCCCGGUCCCGGUCCUUUCAGCUGCAGCGCGGGGGAUGUGCUGUCCUGCAUCAUGCACGUCAUCAGCAAAGGUUGCGUGCGCCGCAACCCGGACAAUCCCCACAUUGUGGAGUUCCUCCCAGAGGACCCGACCACGCCGCAGAAGGGCCACGCCCAGCUGUCCUUCACCAGAACGGAGACCGCCGACAUCAGGCGUGUUUCCCCGCAGUCACCGCGGCUCUUUGAAGACGGCGUUCUUGACACGGUUCUCUUCUCCAUGGGUCGGACCAUGACGCAGGACGAAGUGCGUCAGCUGAUGAACACGACGGUCCAGCAAGUGGCGGCGACGCUCAGCCUGGACCUGGACCGGGCCGAGCACCUCCUGGUCCAUUGCAACUGGAACGUGGACCUACUGGUGCAGCGCUACACCGAUGACGCCGACGCCAUUAUUGUGGCCGCCGGGCUUAAGAUUCUGAACCCUCAGCCGCCCCCGAGCCCCGCGUCCACUUGCCCUGUUUGUCUGGUUCCGUGCAGCGCCGGGCCGGACCCGCCGCCCUCGCUGAGCUGCAUGCACUACUGCUGCAGGUCGUGCUGGCAGGAGUACCUGAGCGCCCGCAUCGAACAGAACCUGGUGAUGAACUGCAACUGUCCCAUCCCGGACUGCCAGGCCCAGCCCACUUCCAGCUUCUUCCUCGGCAUCGUCGCCGACAAGGACACCAUCGCCAAGUACGAGAAGGCGCUUUUGCGAGGCUUCGUGGAGUCGUGCUCCAACCUGACGUGGUGCACCAACCCCCAAGGCUGCGACCAGAUCCUCUGCAAGGAGAACAUGGGCAGCAAUGGAACCUGCUCCAAGUGCUGCUGGUCGUCCUGCUUCAGCUGCAACUUCCCAGAGGCGCACUACCCAGCCAGCUGCAGUCACAUGUCCCAGUGGAUGGACGACGGGGGGUUUUACGAGGGCAUGAGCGUGGAGGCUCAGAGCAAACAUCUGGCCAAGCUCAUCUCCAAGCGCUGCCCCAGCUGCCAGGCUCAGAUCGAGAAGAACGAGGGCUGCCUCCAUAUGACCUGUGCCAAAUGUAACCACGGCUUCUGCUGGCGCUGCCUGAAACCAUGGAAGCCUACGCACAAGGACUACUACAACUGCUCUGCCAUGGUGAGUAAAGUGGCGCGUCAGGAGAAGAAGUUUCAGGAUUUUAACGAGAGGUGCACCUUCCAGCACCAGGCCAAGGACUUCGCCAUCAGCCUGGAGAAGAAAGUGUCAUCCAUUAAUGAAGCUCUGCAGAUGAAAUCCCUCACCUUCGUCAUCGACGCCUGCAAGCUUCUGGCGCAGGCCCGGAAGGUGCUGGCCUACUCGUGCGUCUACAGUUUCUACAACCAGGACAGCGACAAGAUGGACGUGAUGGAGCAGCAGACCGAGGCUCUGGACCUGCAUACCAACGCCCUGCAGAUCCUGCUGGAGGGGACGCUGCUGCAAUGCACCGACCUGGCCUCCUGCGUCCGUCUACUGAAGGCGGAACACAUCAACACGGGGCUGGAACUGAUCCGACGCAUUCAGGAGCGCCUGCUGGCCAUCCUGCAGCACUCCACCCAGGACUUCAGGGUGGGUUACCCGUCCAAAAGCGGCCAGGAAGCGGACCCGAAGCAAAGCUGCAACCUGUCCAACCAAAGCGAAGCUAACAAAGCGUCCAAGUCGGACCGAACGUCCACCUCGGGGGACUCGGACAACAACAACUGCGCCGGCGAAGCGGAGGACGAGGAUGACGAGUACGACGAGGACUACGUACCGGAGUGGCACGAGGACUACGACGAGGAAGAGAUAGACGAGGAUGACUUUUUCUCUGACGACGAGGAGUCCGAGAACCUGGAAAGGGACUUCAGCCCCUUCGACUGAAGCACGCGGAGCACAAAACUUUCCAGCGAGGGAGACUUGGGCCCCGCCCCCUCACACGGCCGUCCCACGCAUGAAACGACACAGCUUCGCUUGCAUCACGCCACAGACUCCAACGUGCGGCAAAGCGGGGUGUUGGACCAUCUCUGACCCCGCAAGGUUUUGUCAGACAUUGUCGCUUAGUUCUUCCGUAGCAACCUUGGAGGAGGUCAUGGCGUUUUGGAACAAGUCUCCGAGCAGCCGACGCUAGUCCUGAGAGUCUUUCCUACUUCUGGAUUUUUGGUGACGAGAAAGAAUGUCCGAUUUUACGUUUGUUAAGCUGCUUUAGUUUGGCUCAAUUUGGUUUCUACGUCGGAAUGGAAACAGGUGGGAAGAGUGAAGUUGCCGUUUCAGCCCUCCAUGCUAACAGCACAGCUCAUAUUUACGUGUUCAUAUUCCAAUAAAUCUGCUUUCUUCGCUGGAGUCGCCGACUUCCACCAGCAAAAUCAAUAAAAAGCUUUCAUUUUACACGCAAA